UCCAGAGGCGUGCUUCCGGUGCCGCAAGCUCGGGUCCUCUGCAGGCUGGGGGGAGAGUUUAGAAGGGAGCGCACUUCCGGUGCCCUUUCUCCCGCGAGCACCUGGGGCCCGGACCCUCGUGUGGAGGGUGCGAUCCGUAAACUGGAGAGCUGUAGAGGCGGGCCGGCACCCCAUUCGGACCACUGGUGCCGCCGGCCUCAGGACCGAACAUGGCCCAGAACUUGAAGGACUUAGCGGGACGGCUGCCCGCCGGGCCCCGGGGCAUGGGCACGGCGCUGAAGCUGCUGCUGGGGGCCGGCGCCGUGGCCUACGGCGUCCGCGAGUCGGUGUUCACCGUGGAAGGAGGGCACAGAGCCAUUUUCUUUAACCGGAUCGGAGGCGUGCAGCAGGACACCAUUCUGGCCGAGGGCCUUCAUUUCAGGAUCCCCUGGUUCCAGUACCCCAUCAUCUAUGACAUUCGCGCCAGACCCCGAAAAAUUUCCUCCCCCACAGGUUCCAAAGACCUGCAGAUGGUGAACAUCUCCCUGCGGGUGCUGUCCAGACCCAACGCCGCGGAGCUUCCCAGCAUGUACCAGCGCCUGGGGCUGGAUUACGAGGAGCGCGUGUUGCCAUCCAUCGUCAACGAGGUGCUCAAGAGCGUGGUGGCCAAGUUCAACGCCUCCCAGCUGAUCACCCAGCGGGCCCAGGUGUCCUUGUUGAUCCGACGGGAGCUGACGGAGAGGGCCAAGGACUUCAGCCUCAUACUGGAUGACGUAGCCAUCACUGAGCUGAGCUUUAGCCGAGAGUACACAGCUGCUGUAGAAGCCAAACAAGUGGCCCAGCAGGAGGCCCAGCGGGCCCAGUUCUUGGUGGAAAAAGCGAAGCAGGAACAGCGGCAGAAGAUCGUGCAGGCCGAGGGUGAGGCUGAGGCCGCCAAGAUGCUGGGAGAAGCUCUGGGCAAGAACCCAGGCUACAUCAAGCUGCGCAAGAUUCGGGCAGCCCAGAACAUCUCCAAGACGAUUGCCACGUCACAGAAUCGUAUCUAUCUCACUGCUGACAACCUUGUGCUGAACCUACAGGAUGAAAGUUUCACCCGGGGAAGUGACAGCCUCAUCAAGGGUAAGAAAUGAACCGCUGAACAAGAACUCCACCCUCAGGGAGGAAGUGGAUCUUUUUCUUCCCCGGUUUUUGAGGAGCCAGCUUGGGGCCCUACCCCGCCCCCACGGUCAAGUGAUGGUCCCUCUGCAUCUGUCCUCCCAGCCCUUCUCGGAUGAACAAAGACUGACCAUUUUCAGGGGAGUGACUUUCCUCCCUGUGUCGGCCAGGGGUGUUGGGACUGUGAUUUCCUGCAGGGUUGGUUCCUCCCUCGUGGCCAGAAGCAACAGCCACCACCCCAGAGAUUCUCAAUAAAUGUUUAUUACUUAAGC